AGUUUCUGUUGAAAAGUCGAUAGCUUUUUGCCUUUAGGGUUUCUAACGUUGAAGCUGGAAACACACUCAAAAUCUCUGUAGCUACUUCAUCCACCAAAACUCAAGAGUUAGGAGAAAAGGUAGAAGCAAUGGAGGGAGCAGAAGAAGCUGGUGCGGAGAUGACGAUUGAUUCAAAAGAUUUGCAGCAACAAAGCAAAGCUUUCGACAAGCUUACCGAUCGCGUCGAGGAUCGCCAGCUUGAUUCUUCACGCGUUCAAUCGGCAAUGGCUUCGAUUGCUGCUUCUAGGGAGGCUGAUCUAAAUGCUAAGAGAUUGAGGGAGAAGGAACUGGCUUCUGUUAAGAUCAAUGCUGCAGAUGUAGAGAUUAUUGUAAACGAACUCGAGAUGGAAAAGAAUGUGGUGGAGAGAACUCUACGGGAGCACAAAGGGGAUGCGGUUGCUGCAACUAGGGAAUUGCUUUCGCGAUAUCCUCUAUGAUGGACCAAGACCAGCUUUUACUUGCAACUUUUUUUUGUGUGUGAGAGGUUGAGACUGAGUUGAGACUAAGCUUCCAAAUAUUUAACUGAGUUGAAACUGUCUCAGAAUCACUUGCAUUGCUGAAUCAACCUCUUUGAGAAGCCCUGAAUAUAGAUACAUUCGAUUCUGUGGCGGUCUUUUACUUUUCUAUCUGAAGUUCGAAGUUUCAAUCUUAUUAUCAAGAUU